UGGAGAUGGUUGUAAGACUCUGAGUAUUAGAGAUGGACUCUUUGACUGUUUCCUCUUCACCGGGAUCUGAACUCAGCACAGAUGAGAUGAAGCUACUUGCGAAACUAGAGGAACAGAACAGGCUGUUAGAGACAGACAGUAAGUCUCUCCACUCUGUAAAUGGACUCCUGCGAAAUGCCACUUCACCCAAAACCUUCUUUUUGGAGGAGAACAUAUGGGAGCAUGUCAUUAAUGAAUGGGAAGACUGGAGCAAGAGAAAAGUGGGGCAGAUCAAGGUGUUGACCAGAAGGGGUGUCCCGGCUCAGCUGCGGGCUGUGGUUUGGCAGCUGCUGUGUGACUCUGGGAAUGUGUCGGUGCGUCUGCAGUACUCAGAUCUGCUGCAGAGCUCCUCUACCUCUGAAACACUGAUACACAGAGACCUGGUGCGAAUCUUCGCACAACACCAUCUCUUCCACAACCACCAGAGCAUCUGCCAGGAGACACUGUUCAAUGUGCUGAAGGCCUACUCAGUCUUGGACCAAGAAAUUGGAUACUGCAAGGGAAGUGUGUUUAUUGUAGGCCUGUUGCUCACACAGAUGGCUGAAGAGGAGGCCUUCUGUGUUUUUGUGAGGCUGAUGAAGGACUUCAGAAUGAGGGAGCUCUAUAAAUCCAGCAGAGAUGAGCUCGGCUGCUGCAUUUACCAGUUUGACUCUAUGAUUAAGGAGCAACUUCCUGAGCUUCAUUCCCACUUCCAGACUCAAGGUUUCCAGACCUCUGUGUUCUCCUCAUCCUGGUUUUACAGCGUCUUCCUCUCAUCUCUGCCGAUCCCAGCUGCCAUGCGGAUUUUUGAUAUCUUUAUGUGCGAGGGUUUGGAGAUCGUUUUCCGUGUCGGUUUGGCUGUACUUCACAUGAAGCAGACAGAACUCAUCAAGCUUGAUAACGAGGGGAUGAUGAACUGCUUGCAGAAUCUAGAAUCAUGGGAAUCAAAUCCGGAUUUGAUGAUCGAAGCAGCAUAUCAAGUGAAAUACAAUGGCAGCCAAAUGAAACAAUUUAGAAAAGAUUAUGAAGCUAUCAAGGCCAAAGAGCUGGAGGAGCAGGAGGAAUUAAAUGGACUUUGCUCUGAGAAUAAACAUUUAAAGCAUAGACUUGCAAUACUGGAGAGGAGGUGCUCUGAGAAACUGGUGUCGCAGCUGAGGAAAGAGCUGGAGAAAACUCAGCUGAACAUUGCCAGCUCACAAAAUGCUUUAAAGGAGAUGCAGGCAAACAUCCCGCAGUUGGAAGAGAUCAGCGCUGCACCUGAUGAGGACAGUGUGAUGUACCUGCAGACGGAGCUAAUCAGCUGUAGACUGAAGGAAGCAGAGGCACUUACUGAACUGAAACAGCUCAAAAAUCACAUAAAAAACAUGGACGAGAAAUUGCAGCAGGUGCAGUGUGGAGGUCAACAAAGGGUCAGCAGCGCACAAAACGACCUGCAGGUGGAGCUGCUGAGCACCAGACUGAAGGAAACACUCACCCAGGCCACACUAAAGGAGAGCCGUCAUGCACUGAUGCAGCUGCAGACACAGAAUGAAAUUCAGAGAAACCAGCUCAAGCGAACUGAAGCGCAUGUGAGCAGCCAGCGAGAUCGUCUACAGGAACUGACAUCACACAACCAAGAUCUGCACAGCCAAUUACAGCAGAUCAGAUGCCACUUUUUAGCUGUUCAAAACAAGCGGAAAGAAAAUGAAGAUGGAGAUGCAGGGAACAUGAUCAGAUGUCUUCAAAAGCAGAUCUCUGAGUUACGAAGUCAAAUUCAGACUUUCUCCAAGUGCGCUCCGUCAUCUUGUCAACCCUCCACAUCCGCCUCUCUGGAGCACAAGGACACCUAAAAAUUGCCCUUGCGCCCUGCCGUCCCGUCACUCUGGCUCCAAUCGCACACUGAGCUCGACCCACAUGCUGCAGCAUCCACUGAUUCACACUCGAACACACUGCAACACAUCGAGUGUCAUGAGCACACACACACACUGUCAGUUUUGACACUUCAAUGUGACAAGAUUUUCUCUUUCUUAGAUCUUAGAUUCUUAAAAUGUCAAGUACUCUGCAAAGAGCAACUGCUGUUAUUUAUGGACUGUCAGCCACGAUUAUUGUACUCCUGGAAGCUGAAGAUGCAGCUGACUGAACAACAGAGAUCACAGCAGAAUGA